AUGCGUACGGCAGCGGAGGCCAACAAAAUUCUUCGGCGGCACAUGUUGUACGUCAAUGCGCCACAGGCGGGGGCGGGAUGGACGAGUGGGCACGCCACAGCCACGACGUUGCAGGGUGGGGCACGCGGCAGUGCUGUUCCAACACAGCUUCCUCAGUUUUCUCACCCCAUGCACGUGGUUGCAAAAAACGUUUCGGUACGGCAUGCGCUUAAACACCUCGAGGCCGUUGAGAAAGCUGGAUGUGUAAGAGACUUGGAGCUGCUACGAGAAUCUCUUGUUGUUUGCUGUGGCACUACUUGGCGAUUUCCUCCCCCGCAGGUGACAUUGUUGGAAUUGCUUUGUAUAUUUCACGAGCACAUGCGGUAUCACGUAGAUGCAGGGGGUUCUGUUGCGGGAGACUACAUUCUCAGCUCACUUUGCUUUUUUUUCCACUGCGAUCGCCAGGAGGCCCUUCAAAGGUACGCCGUUCCACUUGUGGAACUGGGCAUUUUGCGUCCUGCGGACUUAAGCUGCCGCAGCUUGGGAAAAUUUGAAGCCGUGCGUUGUUGCUACAGACCUGCUUGUACUUCGGAUCUCUGCUCACUCCCUCUUCGGGAGACACUUUCGCGAUUUGUAUGCAUUUUUUGCCAUCAAUCCUGCGUUGAAGGAGGCAAUGAGCUUAUCUACCUCAGCCACUCACGCUGGGUGUUUGGCCCACCGCCCGAUGUUUCUGACGCGAAGGACUCCCUAGACUCCCCCUUUAGCCCAUUUCCAGAGUCCCUCCGUCGUGGAUUUCUCGGACCUCUCAUGCAGUUUGUAACAUCGUUUUGCAUUGCUGAUUGUAAAGUGCAUGAUGCAUGGGGCAGUGACUGCUGCAUUGUUUGCCUCGACGGGGUGAAGGUGGCGUUGGUCCUGCUAGCACUGAACAACACGCCUCUCAUGACGGUAAACCCAGGCGAGAAGAAAUUGGGCAGGUGCGAUUGCCCAACGACAGUCUUAUUUGGGUUUCCUGAAGAUGUGCCAGAUGCGCGUAUUAGGUUGGCGCUGCAAUGUAUGCUUGAUGUGAUUGAACUGCGAGAAGGACCUCGCGUGGAUUUCGGCGCCGUCUUUGGUCAGUCGCCAGAUGCGUUCCGACGAUGGUGCCGAUCUAUCGGUACCCAGCUUUUUCACAUGACAAGUGAGCUUUUCUUUCGCCCCCAAACCACGAGCUAUGGUUCGUCGCUACGGCCUGAUUGGGAGCUGUUGUCUUUGCCGGGAGCUGAUAAGAGUCGAUACGAGCGGAACGAACGUGGAGGUGUCUCAGGUGAGCCGCACUUUAUGUACCCUUUCAUACACACCGCUUCCUUGUCGCGGCGGACUUUUGCACUAGCGUUGGAUCUGCGCUGGAGCUUCGAGAAGGCCAUUGCGGCCACGCGAACACUUGGGGGCGGCUUUGCGGCGGUGAUUCUGUUGGGCGCCCAGGUGCUACUCACAGACUUCCACCCCUAUCUAACCGCACUGCUAAGCGCAGAGGCGCGCCUGGACGCCCUCGCCGCGGACGCGGAUCUCCAGCCUCCUUACUCUAUUUCUUUGGCUGACGGCGCGUUUGGCGGCAGCGAGGACGGCGGAAUCCCUCCACGCCUGUGGAGUAGGGUGGUUUUCUCUAAUUCUCGCGGGUCAUCUCUGCGCCUCGCUUGGCGGUAUCUUCCAGCACACGUGGUUCGUUUUACGCAACACGAGAGGGAGGACGUGGAUGUAACCGGCCUAUUCUACCGCUCAGCUUCUGUGACGGUGGGAGAUGUGACGUUGGUGAUGCUCAUUGGCAACGGAAGCAAUUCCUCCGUUCCUGCAGUGAAGGAGGCCGACGAGGUCUGGGGCGAGCUGGAGGGUGUAUGCCUACGGGAACUGGCGGAGCGGGAGCAUGAGAUGAUGAUGCUCGCCUCGGUCGUGGCAGAGUGUGAGGCGCCGCAGCGCUGCCCGGAUGGUGACUCACGCGAGGAUGAGGCCUUUUGCGUUUUCCACGAUCUAACCACCGGGACGCCAGCGCUGCUUGGUUCACGCAGCGGCAUUUCGGCCUCCGACACAAUCAACUUGGAGCCGUCCUUUGAAAACGGGAUAUCACACGUGCAGUCGCUGCUCGGACGUCCCUUUUGCCCACCCCAACGUUACGACGACGACGCGCUGGCCACCUCUUUUGUGUUUGCCGAACUUCCCAUUACACGCGCCGUAUUGGGCCGUACAGCGUUUGGGGGUGGACAAGGCCGGCGAUCGACCGGGGCUCUUUACGCUUGCCAAUCGGGUGGGCAGGAAUACUUUUUUACCGAUAACAAACUUUCCACGCUUUUUGCUGUGGAGGACGCCUUUGUGGACUUUCUCGCUUUGCAUGCAGGCGAAGAGGAAGUAAAUGUUAUGAAUAAUUAG